AUGUUGAUGCGUCAGGUCUAUUUUGCUUUGGCCAUUGCGGCUCUCUCCGAGGCUGUGCCGGCGCCUAUUAAACAUGUUUUGCAUGAGAAGCGUGAACGGCAUGGCCUUGAUUGGGUGAAGGGAGAUCGAGUAGAGGGGGAUGCUGUCCUACCGGUUCGUAUUGGAUUGACCCAGAAUAACCUGGAAAAUGGUUAUGAGUAUUUGAUGGAUGUCUCACACCCUAGCUCUGCCAAAUAUGGCACGUAUUGGACUGCCGAGGAGGUUCAUGAUAUGUUUGCCCCGUCGGCAGAAGCCGUAGAUGCUGUACGCGAAUGGCUUCACGCGGCUGGUAUUGACCGGUCCCGUGUGGUUCACUCGGAUAACAAGGGCUGGCUGGCAUUUGAUGCCUAUGCUCACGAAGCAGAAGGUCUCUUUAUGACGGAGUUCUACGAGCACAACCACAUGAGCAGUGCUAGUACCAAGAUUGGAUGCGACAAGUAUCACAUCCCGGAGCAUCUUCGAGGUCACAUCGACUAUGUCACCCCAGGAGUCAAGCUCACCCCUGUUCUCAAGAAGCUGAAGAAGGCAAAGCGAGCUUCUCAUCUUACCAAGGUCAAGCCCAAUGUCGAGGCCGUAUCUUCCAUUCUGAAUGAUGUCUCGAUCUCUGCCAAGGCGAAGUCCCUCUCUUCAGAUCUUCAGCUCUGCGGUUACAACAUGACUCCCACUUGCAUCAAAGCCCUGUACGACAUCCCCGACGCUACCAAAUCAAACAAGGGCAACUCGCUCGGUCUCUAUGAGCAGGGUGAUUACUUUGCCAAGUCGGAUCUAGAUCUCUUUUAUAAGGAAUACGCCCCGUGGGUGCCGCAAGGUACAUAUCCGAUCCCGGCUUUGAUCGAUGGAGCCAACUUCUCUGUGCCCGCUUCCAGCUCGCUUAACGGCGGCGAGUCCGAUAUUGACAUUGAUUUGGCGUACUCCCUGAUCUACCCACAAUCCGUCACUCUCUACCAGGUUGAUGACCAGCUCUAUGAGCCGGAGGAGGUUGCGACCACCAAUCUUUUCAAUACCUUCCUUGACGCUCUGGAUGGGUCUUAUUGCACAUACAGCGCCUACGGAGAGACUGGCAACGACCCCAACAUCGACCCCGUCUAUCCUGAUACCCGUGAAGGUGGCUACAAAGGCAAGCUCCAAUGCGGCGUCUACAAGCCCACCAACGUCAUAAGCGCCUCCUACGGCCAAGCUGAAGCCGACCUCCCUAUCAGCUACACCAAGCGCCAAUGCAACGAAUUCAUGAAGCUCGGUCUGCAGGGCCACUCAAUUCUCUUCGCCUCUGGUGACUACGGUGUAGCUUCCUUCCCAGGAGACGGCUCUGCCAACGGCUGUCUCGGCCCAGACCAGAAGAUCUUCAACCCCCAGUACCCAUCGAACUGCCCAUACGUAACCUCCGUCGGCGGCACCAUGAUCUACCCAGACCAGACCGUCAAAGAUCCGGAGAGCGUCAUGCAUGUUGAUCUCGGCGGUACCGCGGCUAACUUUAGCACUGCGGGUGGAUUCUCGAAUUACUUCCCCCAGCCGGCGUACCAGAAGCACGCUGUGGAGAAGUACUUCAAGAAAGCUGACCUGGCCUACCCGUACUACUCGGAGUUCGAGGUGAAUGUCAACACGACCAAGGGAUUGUAUAACCGUAUUGGCCGUGCAUACCCCGAUGUUGCCGCCAAUGGUGCGAGAUUUCGCGCGUACACUCAUGGGUUUGACUACCACUACUAUGGAUCGAGUCUGGCAUCGCCGCUGUUUGCGUCAGUUCUUAACUUGAUCAAUGAGGAGCGUCUCGCAGCUGGCAAGGGCACUGUUGGUUUCGUGAACCCCGUGCUCUAUGCCCACCCCGAGGUGCUGAACGAUAUCACCAACGGUACCAAUGCGGGGUGUGAUACUAAUGGUUUUGCUGCUAUUUCAGGAUGGGACCCGGCUACUGGUUUGGGAACACCCAACUACCCCAAGAUGAAGAAGUUGUUCAUGUCUUUGCCCUAA